UUCGCACGGAUUGUGUGCUUCGCACACACUGACACAUUUUUUAUUGUCAGCUUUUAGAUGUUCGACGAAUGGCAACUUCAUUGUAGUGUGUGAAAACUAUGCGGUGUCGGCUUGUUACAAGUCUAGCGCGUCGAAAGUUAUUGCGAAUAAAGCUAGAUAAGUUCGAUAUUGAGUUUAACUUUUAGAGGUGAGAUUUAGUUUGUGCUAUUAAGAAAGGAGUUAGGAAGGGUUUGUGGUACGCUACGGUAUUGCAUUUGCGAUCGGCAGCGUCGGUAGCAUAAGUGGCACCAAAUUUAGGUGCAGCAGUGUAAUAUGGCGUUCAAUCAGAAAAAUCCGCCAUGGCAACGAAAUGCUGGGCAUCAGAGUAUGGCUAACAUGCAGGCAAUUGUUAGCUUUCCGCAAGCGCAACCUGUCUACAAUCCAAACAUAGGGUUGCAGCAGCAACAGCAGCAGCAACAACAGCAGCAACAACAGCAUGCACAGCAACAGCAGCAAAACAUUUCCAUUCUGCCGCAGAUGGGCAUCCAACAGUCGGCCAUUUAUUCGCAGACGGUACAAUAUCCUACAUCGCGGCCAAUCAAUGCGAUCGGGUACCAGAAUCAACCACAAUCGCAACCCGCCCCGCAACCACAGCAAGUGAAUCCGAACACACCGAAGUUCAAUCCGAACAACCGGGCGUUCAGCGGUACCGGUCUGGUGACGAAGCUGCAGAACGAUUACGGCAUCAUCGACGACCAGGUAUUCUUCCACACCAAUACCUGCGUAAAGGGUAUUUUACCGAAGGUGGGAGACCGUGUGCUGGUCGAUGCGGCUUACAACACCAACAUGCCGUUCAAGUGGAAUGCUUCCCGCGUUCAGGUGCUGCAAACGACCAAUCUGAACUCCUCGAUGACUUCACACACCAACUCGUCGACGGCACGUUCGCACACGUCCGCGUACACCGGGAAUGCCGGUUCGCAGAACAAUGCAUCGGAAUCGCGCACGAAUGUACGCAAUCGAUACUCGAACACAACGUCGCGUAAGUCACCGGACCGCAGCAUGCGUCGUUCGUCCAAUUCGCGCACGAAGGAUGAUUAUGAUGAUAUGGAGCGUAGACGGAAGCGUGACGAUCGGGAAACGGACCGGAGUUCGUACCGCGAGAAACCACGCGCUCGUUCACCGGAACGACAGCGCGAGCGGGAACGCAGUCCGGUGAAGAAACAUUCGCCCAAACGGGCCCGCCUUCGUUCGGUGCCGCCGUAUAUGGUGCAGGUUCCGAAACAACUGCUACCCGUUAAAAGUGUCAGCAUUCUGGAGUUGCGCGCCCGCUACCCGAAACUUUACAUCCCUUCGGACUUUUUCCUCGCCGACAUUGGAUGGCCUAAAGCGUUCCCACCGAACGCACCGCUUCCCCUCCACACCGGCUGUCACUUUCACGUGUUUAACAAAGAGGUGGAACGACCAUUGGCGCUGGAAAAAACGAUUCUCGAUCCACCGGACGCGGACUAUCUCUACAGCGUCAAAGUGAUGCUGAUGAGCACCUCGGAGCUGGUCGACAUCUACAAAAACUGUUUCUUCCGCAACGAAAAGGAGCGCCGGGAUGAAGCGCGCAACUAUGUGCAUCCGACGCGCAUGGUUAACUUCCUGGUUGGGGCGCGGGGAAAAAACGAGCUGAUGGCUGUCGGUGGCCCAUGGUCACCGUCGCUCGACGGGAUGCAUCCGCACGCCGACCCGAAGGUACUGAUGCGGACGGCUAUCCGCACGUGCAAAGCGCUCACCGGGAUCGAUCUGUCGGCGUGCUCCCUAUGGUACCGUUUCGUGGAUAUCUAUUACCGUCGCACUGAAUCCUACCAUAAAGGUCGUUUGAUUCCGCCACGCGUUGAAACGGUGGUCAUAUUUCUGCCCCGUAUGAGUGCCUGCAUACCAUCGGAAAACCAGUGGGAUAAGAUACAGCAGAAUUACCAACUUCAUUUGGAACGCAUUCUUAAAAGUAGCAACUCUAGCAGCAGUGGGGACGACGCCAUUGAUGGUGGCGCCAGUGUUCAGGAGGUAGCGACGAUGGCCGAAACGACGGUCGCACAGAAUUCUAACAGCGUGGAGGAUGUUGGCAAGUCUACCGGAUCCGCCGCUAGCGUUGCGGUGGAAUCGUCGGCAGGGUCAGCAUCAGCCGAAUCGCAGGAACAACAGCAGCAGGAGCAGCAGCAACAGCAGCAGCAGCAGGAGCAGCAGCAACAGCAGCCGGAGCAGCAGCAGCAGUUGGGAGAAAUGAAUGCGGCGGUCGGUUCUACGAUGGAAACAUCCGAUGCAGACGGUGGUCAGCAGAAUGCAGCUGCCAGUUCGGGCACGGUAUUGGUGAACGAGGGCGGCAGUAGCAGCAGCAACAACAGCAGCAACAGUAGCAGCACAAUAAUGCUGCCCACGGACACUGUUGCUGCCACGGUGACUACUGACCCGGAGAUGUUGCUGGUGGAAUACAAAAAAAUGAAGGUGGCCGAGCUAAAGGUCGAGCUGACAAAUCGGAACCUUCCGACCGACGGUGUGAAGGCUGUGUUACUUGCCCGACUGUCUGAAGCGAUUAUUGAAGAAAGUCAACAAGCUUCACAACCCACAGCGGUGGAAGAUAAGGAAGAAGCCCCUGAAGCCGAUUCAACCAUACCCGAUACCGAUGGUGUACUGCAAAGUGAACCAGAAGCGGUUGACAAGGAGGUCAAGCCAUGCCCGGAUGUGGAGAUGACCGAUCUGUCUAAGGUUCCGAAGGAAGAACCCGACAACGGAACGAACGAAAGCAACGAUAAAGUUGUUCCUUCUGGUAGCGAUGCUAGUGAGGCGAAUAAGGCGGAAACCAGCCAGCAGGAUGCUGCCGUCACCAACGCUACAUCAGCAACGGCAGCUAGCACCACUGGGCGCAAAAAGGAACAAACCGUCAAGCUGAGUGAGAAGGACCGGAAAAACUUCGAACGGUGGUACACGAUGCCAAAGGAGCCGCACGUUGUUGUACAUCCGUCGCGUACGGCUAAAUCCGGCAAGUUCGACUGUUCGGUCGUGUCACUAUCGGUGCUGCUUGACUACCGGCCGGAGGACACGAAGGAACAUUCGUUCGAGGUGGCACUGUUUGCCGAGCUGUUUAACGAUAUGCUGGCGCGUGACUUUGGGUUCAAAAUCUACAGCGAACUACACAAGCUAGCGAAAAAAGCGAACGAGAAAGUGGCGGAAAACAAAAAAGAUGGUGCGGCUCCGUCUGCUACAGAAGCAGCAAAAUCCCGCUCGGACGGUGGUGCUGGUGGUGAGACAAGUAAUGGUGAGGAUAGUAAAGUGAGUACGACGGAUAAGACCGAGACCACCGCUAGGGGGAAGGACGAUAAGGAGCAAAACGAUCGGAAGCGCCGCCAACGGAGCGUCGAAGAUGAUCAUCGUCCGAAGGCAGAUACGGAACCGGCCCGCUUUUACACGGUGCUGCCGGAACUGCUGCUCUCGUUCGUGUAUUUCGACAUCACGCAGUGUGGCUACAUGUUGGAGAAAGAUCUGGUGGAGCUGAUUUACAGCCUCGGGCUGAAUCUGUCCCGUUCGCAAAUACGCAAAACCGUGGGUGAUGUGGCCGCGGCCAAGAACACGCUGCACUACAGGCAACUCACCGACAAGGUGCUGGAUGCGGACAAACCCAACAAGAAGGUGGGCGAGGAUGGCGCCGCAGCCCAACAGCCGGCCAGCGCCUCGGAAUCGAUAACAGUCGAUGGUGGGCCAGAGUACGAACUUACUGAGGAGCAAGCGCUGGAAAUAGCGCUCGGCAACACGGAUUACAUGGGCCAGCUGCAAACCAGCGUCAUGGACCUCCUCAACGGUAGUGAUGAAUCAACGCAAGAACCAAUGGCAAAGAAAAUCAAAACCGAAUGCACCGAAGACCUUCCGUCAACAUCCGAUGGUUUAGUAGAAUACAAAGGCACUAUUGUGGAUGUCGGUAAAAGUUUGGAGCAAACUAAACUCAUCGAACAAGCACGCGAGCGUGCGGAAAAGUCACUAGAGAUACUGCGCAACAUGUACGACGAGCUGACCGCCAACAACAAACGUUCGAUACAGCACAACAGCGAGCUGGUGGCCGAUUUGAAAAGUUCCAAGAAAAAGCUGAUCGAAAAUGAAUUAAUGAUUCGUGAUCUGACGCGCAAAAAUGCGGAAUAUCAUUCAAUCUUGACAAGUGUUUAUGACCGCGUCCGUCCUGCGGUAAGCGUCCCAGAUCGCAAACGGUCAACAUCCACCGUCUCCACAUCCAAGCGCGAAAGUUCGAAGGAAAAAUCUGCUGCCCCGAAGGAUAAGGAAGUCGUCCCGGAUGCGAAGAAGGCAGAUAAAUCUACUGUCGAUGCGGAUAAAGCAAAGCGUGAGACUGGCACCGUAACGCAGGGUGAGCGUACGGUGGAAACAUCACAGAACGCAGCAAAGGAUGGUGGCGCCACGACGAACGACAAGGAACAUGCAGAAAGCGUUACUAUCGCCAAAAGUGACCAUGAAUAGUGCUUUUUGAUAUUAUUAUUUUUUUGUUUGUUCACGCAGGGCCAAUUGAAAAAAGGGGGGACAGCCCCAUAACCACCAUCAAUAUUUGGUGUGCGCCUUCUUUGCUAACUGAGGCCGUAAUGUUUUAUUAUUCCUUUUUUUUCAAACUUUAAAUGACUUAUUUUCUUUAACCAUUAUCACUUGAAAAGGGUGCAUCAACGAAGCGAGUCGUUACAUCGCUAAAGCAGUUUGCGAUAUUUGUUUCGCAAAACACUAUUUUCAUCCUUUGAGUAAUAUUCUUUUUUAAAUAACGGCAGCAAAAUGUACAAAAAAGGAAAAACUCUUGCAAGAUUUUUUUUUGCGUUUACACAAACAAAGACACACACACGAUGUUCUGUUCACAGCGUUUGAACUCUAUCAAAAAAUCAUACCGGUAGUUAAUCCGGUUUUGCAAACGGAACAAUCUGUCUAAUACACACUAAAUUCACACAAUUAACUAGAGUGGCAAUUAACGUUUUUUUUUUUCGAAUAAAUGAAACCACAAACUCUGA